AUUGUGCUGUGGUCUGUUGGAUUCGCUGCUUUUUUGUCACCUGUUGGACUGAAAGCUGGACUCAUAUCUCUGGCCUGUAUACUUGUGUUGGAAAUUCCAAUAGUUGCGUUGGCUAUGCUCAUGCCUCGAUUGAAUCCGUUGGGGGUGAUAGUGUUUGGCACGGUUACAUCAACGUUAGCUAUAGUGGUACUCGUCUUGAGCGCUAUCUAUGUGUUCUCCAAGCAAGAU